UAUACAUUGCAACACACAUCCCGCAUGACUCUGCAGGGACAGGAAAGCAGGCAGCAAAUGAAAUAGCGAGAGACAGAGAAAGAUCACCUUAUUGCAUGUAAACCUGAGAGGGUUAGGGUUAGCAUAGGGUUAGGCUUAGCAUAGGGUUAGGCUUAGAAUAGGGUUAGGGUUAGCAUAGUGAGCAGCUUCGACCGAGGACAGCAAGCGAUGAUUAAAGAAGACAAAGUCUAGGCGAUGAUUUUGUAGCCGUGUCAGCAGCAUUAUUUUUCUCUCGCGUUCUUGCAUGUACAGUCAGGAAGCUCUGUGAACGUUUAUUAUACUUCCUGAAAGAUUUUCAGGCGUGGUCAUUUCCACUCCGGUCUAAAAGUGCAUCAGUUCGUCGGCAGGAGUUAUCUGUGGUCAUCGUAGCAGAUCAGGAAGAGGAAAGGAGAUCCAGUCACCUGACUUACAAGCCCUGUGCUUCAUAACCCUCCCGGAGCUACAGAUGGAGGUGGUCAGUCUGCCGGCUGUGUCCCGCGUGGCGAUCUGCGGCGGCACCCACGGCAACGAGAUGUCGGGCGUGUUCCUGGUGAAAGAACUGCAGAAGAGGAUGAGGAAGGAGGAAGGAGCAGAGGCUCCCGACAUCCUCGCCGUGAUAUCCAAUCCGCGAGCUGUCCAGCGGUGUCAGAGAUACGUAGAGACAGACCUCAACCGCUGCUUCGCUACUGCCACCCUCAGUGUUCCAGUGUCAGACGGGACCCCAUACCCAUACGAGAUUCUGCGAGCGCAGGAGCUGAAUGCUUUCCUGGGCCCAAAGGGCAGCGCUAAGGCUGUGGACCUGGUGUGUGACCUCCACAACACCACUGCCAACAUGGGCCUGUGCCUCAUCUCGUACUCCGAAUGCGACUGGAUCUCUCUGCACAUCUGUAGACACCUGCAGAAGGAAAUGCCGUCCGUUCCUGUGAGGUAUAUCCACUAUGAUGUUCCUCUCUCUGAAGCUUAUUCUCUGGAGUCAGUGGGCAAGCAUGGCUUUGCUAUGGAGGUUGGUCCACAACCCCAUGGGGUCAUCAGGGCAGACAUCUGGGGCACCAUGACGGAGGGGGUCCGACUUGUACUGGACUGGAUCAAGCGCUUUAACUCAGGUGUCCAGUUUGAUGGCAAAGUGAUAGAAAUCUACACCUUGGUGAAGACCAUUGAUUACCCCAGGGACCCAGAGACCCAAAUGAUCACAGCAACAAUCCACCCCCAACUCCAGGAUCACGACUUUCGCCUGCUUCACCAAGGCGAUCCCUUGUUCCUGACGUUCUCGGGAAACACUGAGUAUUACAAAGGCGCGGAACCUCUAUAUCCUUUCUUUGUAAACGAGUCUGCGUACUACGAGAAAGGAAUCGCUGUCUUACUGGCCCGGAAGAAAAUCGUGAACAUUCCGUCUAUCCGGGUGAUGAAAAGGGAAAGCGUGUGAAUGAAGGACCGAAACUACGGAAUGACUACAUGAGUUAAGACCUGGCAAUAAAAAUGAGCACUGCACAGGCAAAACGAUCACAUAGCCUUUCAUAAACAAUCUCAGGAAUGUCAGUGUUCUGGACAAACCUGAAUAAGCCUUCAUUUAACUUUUCUUCCUUUAUUUGAUGGAGAUUGUGCUAAGGGCUAAUUAUACACUCAGAACAUCUGUGCCUGUUAUAAUUACAGCCGCAACCCUGAACUGCAUUGCACUCUUAAUCUGAAUUUUUUCCUGUCUACUCUACACUAAUCUCCUAGAUAAGCUAGGAGUGUGCCGGUCUGUUUCUUAUUAAAACAGCUUAGCGAUCCUACGCCACCUGCAAGCAAAUCCACUGCCAGCAGGUGGCAGUCACACCCAGAAGAAGAACAAUGUUUUAUUUUGGUGAUAUACACAAAGACAUAGACUUUCCUAAGACUUCUUUAUCAGUUUAGCCCACUGUCACACAUACCUCAAUCAACUUCAUAUUUUUUUGGUGACAGAGGGACUAAAUAAAGUUCAGGACAUAUCACUACUAAUAAAUAGUUCAGUUUAAUACUGUGCUUCCACAUAAAACAACUGUGAAGUCAUGUUCUGAUUUUCAUUCUGUGCUUUAUUUUAUAUUAAUAUUGUUCUGAAAUUCAAUUAAAAACUAUAUUUAAAGAUCUCAUCUUCUUUUCAGCAUUCUACAUCACAUCUUAGUUCGCCGUAACAAUAAGCUUCCAAAAACAUUUCUUGAGACAAUUUACUGUGCGUUAAGUUACAGUUACAUCACACUCAUCCAGCUAAUUACAUUCCGGUCAGUUCUGCAGCGACUUCAUAAAUAGUAAAAUAAUGCUGCAGAGACAAAAAACAAAUUGAUGAAUCCGAUCAAAACUUUUAACCUAAGAAAAUACAUGAAAAAAUGUGAAGCAGAAGCUGUAAUAUAUUUUCAUAAAAUACACACAAGCAAAACCGUGAACCACAGCUAAUGAGUUACCACAACAAGUUAAAGCCAACGUUACUCAGAGCAGAGAGAUGAGCCGUACAACAAAUCGUCAUACCACAAACAGAAGGACAUUUCAAGAAGGAUUAGCUGGGUGCAAUUAAAAGCACAAAAACAGGUUUUGUUGGAUUAGAUCUUAGCAUGCCUAGGCUAAAACUUGCCUGCACCUGCCUACCUGAAACACACAAAA